AUGUCUUCUGCGAGUGGCUCGAACGCGUCAACAGCUGGACUACCGCAAGUCGGCAAAAGGCCUGCCAAGCGCGCCAGAACCAAAAAGGUCGAUGCAGCGGCUACAUCCAAGACUCCAGCAAACCGUGGCAGGAAACAGGGACGCUUGAGCGUGCUUCCGACGUUGCCCAUGGAUCUUCUCUAUGAGAUCUUUGCGCAUCUUGGACCGCCCGACCUCCUCAGCCUGGCACGCACUACGAAGAGCUUCCGCAGCAUUCUUAUGUCGCGGCAGUCAGCCUUCAUCUGGCGUUCCGUACUUGAUGCGGCGUCGGAAGAAGCCGGUCAUCCGCCGCGUCCUGAGAAUAUGGACGAACCGGCGUGGACUCAACUCGUAUUUGGUGGAGGGAAGUGUGGGUCGUGUGGUGGCAAAACAUCGAAGGAGAUCUUGUGGGCUAUACGGAUACGGCUUUGCAAAACGUGCCAAAGCGAGAAUCUGUUGCGUAUAAACCUCCUUCCUCGCCCCGAGAAAAUGGACCCAAAGACGAGCUGGCGAGACGUCAUACCGUUUGACACAGAGUCGCACUCGCUCGAAAGAAUCAUGCUAAGCAUCAAUGACAACAAUACCUCGGAUCGCUACCAUCCCUUCGUGCUUAAGAGCGAUUGCCUUGACUAUAUGAAGAAGUUGAAGACAUUGAGCGAUGCUGGUGGCGACUUCGAUACGCUCCGCACUCAAUUAGACCAGGAUAGGAAGACUAGAACGCUUGCACGGCUUGAGCACGCAAAGGUGUGUUACGCGGCCGAGGAUGCGCGCCUUGAGAAUCGAGAAACCGAGCUUGGAGAUCUGAAGAAGACUCGAUUCGAACAGAUCAAGUCAAGACUGCUUGCGAUGGGCUACGAUGUAGUCGAUAUGGAGCACGGCGAGUUCAAGCGGCAUCAGGAAGUUAGAGCGGCGAAACCUAUGACGGACAAAAUAUGGUCGAGGGUGGGACCGAUCCUGAGCGCUGUCAUAGAAGACAUUCGUGAUAGACGUCUCGAACGUGAACGCGUCCUGCGUAUGGAAGAACGUCAAGACGCGGUCGAAGAAGAAUACAAUGACGCCAUCUUGCGCGCUUUACCCUGGCCCGUGGUCGCAUUUGUACCGCAUCUAAAACGCAUCUGGGAGCACUCGGGACUCGAGGGCGUCAAGGAGAUACUGGAAGCCGACGACACGAGCCCAACAGCAGAAUAUCGCGUCUCUAUCCGACAAUCUUUGCUUUCGUCUAUCAUGACCAUCGAGCAGUCGAUCUUGAAUACGGGAAACAGCUUGAGGUCCGCCCUGCCUGUUUCAUGGUCCAAUGCCGAUAUCCCCACGUCACAAGUGCCUCUGUCAUACCAGGUUCAAUGCCCAGACUUCGCCCUAGACUUGUCACCUCUGGCCACUCUUGACCGCGCUGCCUUUGUCUUCCGCUGCCAGCACCCCGCGAGUCGUGCACUGGGAACACGUCCCAUUCACUUCGGUCUCGACGGGUUGGCUCAUGAUUGUAUUUCUCGCAAGGAACAUCCUAUCGAGCCCGUGAAUGAACUGCGCUCUUUGGUAGUUCACAUGUUGGACCUUUUAGGGCUUGAUCCCGCGACGGCGACCCCUGUAGACAUGGAUCGGCUCGCGCCUGUCUUCAUCUGCAUGCACGGACAUACUGCGAUCUACGGCGCUAGUGCUGACGGUGUGGCGUUCACAAACUGGAGAGAUGCGGUCGCUCACGGUGAUACAAGCCGCACACCGCCCGACCACAGGACUGGGUCUCCUACUUAUAGACUAGCCUCCGAGAUGGAAGCACGUUAUGUUCGCGCACACGCGGUUGUCGUGCGCGGUGGCGCGCGCGCAAAGCAGAAUGGCUUCGGUUGCUGUCACUGCACCAAGCAUUUCGACUUCCGUACCUACGGAGGAUUCCUCAGGAUGUUGCGCCACGUUCACUCCUGGAUGACGAUGGAGGAGAUGAGGGAUCAUCUACGCACCUCACAUGAGAUCGAGAACUGCGUUGAAGGACAAGACUACUAUUAUAACCGCAGCAAUCCCGCAAACAGAUUCGAGCACAGGCUGUACGAGAACACGAGCUACUUGCACUCGAUGUCGCGUCAUUAUGCGGGGCCCAUCCGCCUUCCCGCCGUGCCCGCCGAUGAACUCGAGACGCUAGUGCUGGCAAAGGAAGCCGCGGCACACGAUGGCCACAUAACAUCACAGUUCGCUGCCCUUUUUCCGUAG